CAGGUUCUCGAGGGUCUUCCGUUCAUCACACCGGAGCGCCAUUUCCCGCCAGUCUUUUUACCUGACCAGGCCUGACAGCAGCCCUCCCUACGGCCGGCAGGGAGGCCAAGCGCAGAGAUGCCGACGCCAGAUGGACAGUCCCUGCAGGCCCGACAGUCACCACAGAGACGGGAGCCACCCACAAGAGGAAGCCCAAAUCCAGGACGCUGGGCGGCACCCCUCCCCGGGCAGGGCGGGCCUGACUGUGUGCCCAGUUCAAGGGCUAGGACCACGGGCUGCCCGAAGGGCCCGCAGAGGGGUGGGGGCCGCGUCUUCCCAGAGAUGCCCCCGCCCCAGUGCCCCAGCAGCCGCACCCACUUCCUCCACCGCUGGGGACCGCCUCCUCGGACCCAGGUUGGCACAAAGAGAGGCAAGCGGUCAAGGAUGGCAGGGGUCCGGCGGAGCCGCCCCCGGGCAGCAGGCUGGGCCCAUGAGAGAUCAAUGGGGAGCCACCGAGAGGAGGGGCUCCUACAGGAGCUAAGCCAGCUGGACCAAGAUGCAGAGCUGGACGAUGCUGACACCGCCAGGCCCCGGGCUGCCCUCCUGGAGAAGCACCCGCUGGAGGGGGAGAAGCAGCCGCCCGGCACCGGGCAGGGCCCCUUCUUCUACAUCGGAGGCACCAACGGGGCCUCAGUAAUCAGCUCCUAUUGCAAAAGCAAGGGCUGGCAGCGCAUCCAGGACAGCCGGCGGGAAGACUACAAGCUCAAGUGGUGCGAGGUCAAGUGCAGGGACACCUACCGCAGCUUCCGGGAAGGCGAGCAGCUGCUGUACCAGCUCCCCAACAACCAGCUCCUCACCACCAAGAUCGGGCUUCUCAGCGCCCUGAGGGAGCACGCGCGGGUCCUCAGCAAGACCAGCAAGCCGGCCCCCUGCGCGCAGGCCAAAUCUGGAAAGGACACGACACCCGCCCCAGAAGAGCUCAUGUGGAGCAGCCCAGGACGCCUUGGGCCACAGAGGGUCCUGAAAAUGGAAGACUUUUUCCCAGAGACCUACCGUCUGGACAUCAGGGAUGAGAGAGAGGCUUUCUUCACCCUCUUUGAUGAAACCCAGAUGUGGAUCUGCAAGCCCACCGCCUCCAACCAGGGCAAAGGCAUCUUUCUGCUCCGGAACCAGGAGGAAGUCGCCGCCCUCCAAGCCAAGACCCAGAGCAUCGAGGACGACCCCACCUACCGCAAGAUGCCCUUCCGGGCGCCUCAGGCGCGGGUCGUGCAGAGGUACAUCCAGAACCCACUGCUGCUGGACGGAAAGAAGUUCGACGUGCGCUCCUACCUGCUCAUCGCCUGUGCCAUGCCCUACAUGGUCUUCUUCGGCCACGGCUACGCUCGCCUCACCCUCGGCCUUUACGAUCCCCAUUCCAGCGACCUCGGUGGCCAUUUAACCAACCAGUUCAUGCAGAAGAAGAGCCCCUUGUACCUGCUGCUCAAGGACGACACGGUAUGGAGCAUGGAGCACCUUAACCGCUACAUCAACGACAAGUUCCGCGAGGCCAAGCGCCUCCCCCGGGACUGGGUCUUCACCACCUUCACGAAGCGGAUGCAGCAGAUCCUGGCCCACUGCUUCCUGUCUGUCAAAUCCAAGCUCAAGUGCAAGCUGGGCUACUUUGACCUCAUUGGCUGUGACUUCUUGAUCGAUGAAAACUUCAAGGUGUGGCUGCUGGAGAUGAACUCCAACCCUGCCCUGCACACCAGCUGUGAAGUCCUGAGAGAGGUGAUUCCAGGCGUGGUCAUGGAGACCCUGGACCUGGCACUCGAGACCUUCCAGAAGAGCCUGCGCAGCCAGAAGAUGCUGCCGCUGCUGUCCCAGCGCCGCUUCGUGCUCCUGCACAACGGCGAGGCAGACCUGUGGCCGCGCCUGGGGGGCUCCCGCAGCGUCCCCCGCCCGCCGUCGCCGCCGCCCCGGCCCGCCUGCGACGCCGCGCCCGCCGCGCCCCCCGCUCUCCGCGCCGCCGGCAGGCCGGGCGCGCGCAGGCCCGCGCCGCGCCGGGGCCCCAGCGGCGCGCCCGGGCGGCCCUCCUCCGCACAGCGGCGCCCCCGGCCUCCGACCCCCGGCCCCGACGGCGCCCAGCGCGGGGACCCCGAGGCCCCGGGCGGCGGGCGGCCGCGAGUGGGCGGCGGGGAGCCGGCGCGGGAGCCUUCCCCGGGGUCGGCGGAGGAGGAGCGCAAGAACGCGGGCCACCGCGGCUCCUAGCGGGCGGCCACCGGCGCCCUCGCGGGGACCUAUAAAAGCUGCUUUGUUACAAACGCGACGUCUGCAGCUGGUCCGCGGGUUCCCCGCACACCGGGCCCCGAGACCCCCUCCGGCAGCCUCCCUGCACCCCGUGAGCUGCUACUCCACUGCUGGGGCUCGUCCUUGGGAGGACACGACGGUAGAGGGAUGGGGGUGUCUGCCCGGCAGGAAAGGGAGAUGAGGCCCCCCGCGCCCCUGACUCUGCCCACCGUGAGCUGCUUCCAGUCCCUGGGCCCCAUCACCUACGGCCCUCGUCCACCCGCCCUGCAAUCUCACAACCCACCUGACCUCUACUGCCUGGGUCGGUGGUCCCCAGGAAAGGCGCCCAGUGUCCCCCAGUCAAGGGUCUAGAGCCUCACGGACCCCUCUCGAUUCCCAUAGGAAGGCUUCCUCACACCCAACGUGUUCCUCCAAGCUGCGGUCCCCGCCCUGCCCAGGCUCAGCUCCUUUCUGGGCCUUCCGAGCGCCAGCGCCCUGAGCUCUCCUCCACCUGCGACGCCCGGACCCUACGGCAGGCAGAGCCCUGCAGAGGCCGGGAGGACCCAGGCUGUGGGUGACGGGCGCAUGGUCGUGGCAGGACAGCGCCCUGAGGGAAGUGCCGAGCCAGCAGGCCCCUGUGUGCCCUGUGUGCCCAGCCGCGAGACCGCUAGGAGAUUCAGGGCCUCUCAUGUGUCCACGCCCCCGCCACCAAGCGUCCUGGGGCAGCCAUAAUCCCCUCUUCACCCCGGCCUUCCCCACCCACCCCAGCUGUCACACCGUCCUCCCGCACUCCCUUUCACGUGCCCUGCCCUCACCUCUCCAAACGGUCACCACCAAGUCACAUGCCCUCCUCCUGCCCUGCCCACCCUCGCUCACUACCUCAGUGGGCUCUACCAAGGUGGGAGGGGCUGCCGGGACCCCUGCUGUGCCUUGCAUUGGCGUGCUGGUGGGACCUGAGGGGCAACGACCUGUCCUCCCCCGCUGCCCCCCCUACUCCUUUCCCAGGGAGGCAACGGCCACAGCACCGCUAGAGGGCGGGGGGCACUGACCACCGAGCCCCAGGCCAGCCCACUGGAGGUAUGCAGCCAGGGAGCCAGGGAGCCAGGGAGAGAAGAGCCAGACGGAAAGCGGGGCUCAGAGAGGUAGAGUCACAGAGCCAGUGAGGGGCCCAGGCCAGGACUCACCUGCCCUGUCACUCACAGCCCGCCCACCCUCCCACCACCACUGCACCCCCUCGUCGUCCUGCUGCUGUGGCCCAGAGUGUGGGGUCCCCAGGCCAGGAGCACACUUGUCACUGGGUGACUGGGGUCCAGGAACCCUGAGUCCCCUCCCAGUGCGUCUGGUGGUCUCUCCAUGGGGGGUCAAGCUCAGCACUGCGUCCUCUGCAGCCUGCUGGCCAGCUCUGUGCCCGAAGACCCGUCUCCAUCAGGGAGAGGUGGCCUCCUGGGUGGGCAGAGCACACCCAGGUCUUUGUAAAACCCACGCCUGUGUCUUCGGGGUCAGGACCACUUUCCUCGCUGGCAUCCAGGACACUACACAGCCACGUCACCUCGGGGUCACCUUGGGGUCACCCCCUUAACUCGCCCGAGGGGCCUCUAUACCCCAUGUCUCAUCUCUGAGGCCUCUCCCACCCCCUCCUCACAUCCUGCCCACGGGGCCUCUGCCCACGCUGUCCUGUGGCUCAUGAUGUGGCCCGUGGUGGCAGCAGUGCUGCGCCAGGACCUCCCAGCUCUCCUCCAGCCUCGGCGGGACUGUUCCCCUGCUGGUCAAGGAGGUGUCUACGGAGGCGACCCGACCCUCAGGGAGCAGCUGCCCCUGCCGCCUCCAUCACCCCUGGGCCCUGCGUGGGUGCAAUGGCCCGCGGGGACCGUGAUGGGCCAAGAAGUGCACAUCCUGACUGGGCCUCCGUCCCCGGGCUCCCCCAAAGCCCUGGA